GAAAUCAGACCAGCCCACUGGAUUGUCGCGCAGCGGACCGUUUCGCAUCCCCUCCUCCUAAUUUCUUCUCUUCCUCACCCUGUCUGCCCUAUAUGUUACAUUUCCAGCUCUCUCCUCUCAAAUUUCGACGCAAGCAGACGUCCGCGGCACAGCGAGGGUGCGCAUCCCAGAGCGGCGCGGCGGGCAGCGCGCAGCAACGACGCGGCAGCAGCAUCUCUCUCUCUCUCCCUCCCUCCCUGCCUUUUGUUGCAAACCGGCACAUUGGAUGGUGGAUUUUGUUUCUCACACGGAUUUGGAUCGGGGUAACUUCACAUGGGACAGAACCCGCCUUCUUCUUCCACGUCCACCCGGCGAUUUGACGACGAAGAGGGGGGAAACCGGAGGCAGCUGGAGGAGCGCAACUGACAGAUACGCAGGAGACAUGUUUAUCCACGCGUUUCCGUCCACCAGCUGAUUGGGGAUAGAGGCGAACAAAGCGGCGCGGAAUCUGUCUUAAAACAAACCGAUAUUCGGAAGAGAAGCGUUAGGGGGGGGGGAGGAUGUGGAAGCAGGGACCGGGGGGAGGAUGGUGAGAUGUUCGCUUCGCACCGAAGGAUACCGAUCUGAGCGGCGGGGAAUAAUAACGCACUGAGCCCCAACUUUGUUCAAAGGCCUCUCAGACAGCAUUAUCUCAUUAAGAAGGCAUUUCAUUAAGGGGCGGGUUUGUUUAUUUAGCUUUUAAAUCUAUACCUUGGAGUGUUAAUAAACAAUCUGCCUUAAAAGCUCAGUGUUUAUGUUUAUUAUUAACGUUACAUCCUCCUUCAUGUUACCACGUUUCUAUACCAGAGCUGUAGGAGGAGGCAGUUCUUGCGUUCACUUAUGCAAAUCCAAUCGAUAGCGAGAUAAAGCCACUGGGGGUGUUUGGAGUCCAGUAUAUUUAGUUUUUUUUUUUUUACAACAGCCCAGAGGCAGCAGAGACGCUUUAACCAAAGCACGGUGUUUUCUCCUCUGUAAAGCCUCAAAUCAAACUUUCAAUGAUUUUCCGAAAGUUGCCCGGUGUGUCAGCAUCGGGCAUGGGUCUGCGCCUGUCCCAGAAGUUUGUAUUUUUACUUUUCCUCUCCGGUUUGGUAACUCUCUGCUUCGGAGCCCUCUUCUUCCUGCCGGACUCCGUCCGACUAAAGCGCAUUUUCCUCUCCAAGACAGAAGCGCAGCCGGUCACCGUCGGCUCAGGGUCCGAGAACGAUGUCAGGGAGCACCUGAAAAGACCCAAGGAUGUGGAGCGCAGCAGGGGCCUGGCCUCUGGUAAAGGAGAGCUGAAGAGCCGCAAACCAUCCGUCUCUAAUGAAGCCACGGAGGAGCGGCUGGCAGGAGGCAAAGCUCAGGAGGACCUGAGCUUAUCCAGGUCCAGAGCGGACUCCUUGUUGGGGGGAGUCUCUGGCGGUGACAACGAUGCCAACUCGGAUACUUUUAAUUUCAAGAAGUUUCAAAGGUGCCUGACCAAACCUGCUUUGGGGAGAGAUGGUGGGAGGCCGGCUGACCCCAAGACCAAUGACCGCCGGGAGAAAGUCAAAGAGAUGAUGAAGUUCGCCUGGGACAACUACAAGCAAUACGCCUGGGGCAAAAACGAGCUGCGGCCUCUGACAAGAAAUGGCCAUAUCGGCAACAUGUUUG